AUGCUGGGGAGGAAGUUUGCCAAACCACCGGUCAAGGUGGCCUGUCUGAAUUGUCGGGUUUCGAGGAUCCGAUGCGACGGGCGGAAGCCCUGUAGCCUUUGUACAUCCAAAGGCAAAGAAUGCUCGUACGUUCCCAGCAGACGUGGAGGCCCCCGCAAAAAAAGGCCUCAAAGCCAUUCUCCCGAACAUUACACACCUCACGAUGAUGCGCAUCACCCAGAAUCGGUGUUUGACACCGGCUUGGAGAAAGGCUUCAUGUUUGACCAAUUCGAUUUCUUAUCUGUACCAGCGGCGGGCUUGCACGCUUUGGAUCCAAUGGAUCUCUCUCCCCCUUCUCAGCCCUCCGACACUGCCGAAAGUGAUCAACUUCUGAUGCAAACUGAUUCAGUAGCAUCACACUAUAGCAAUUUUCCGAAGUUCCUGGUAAGAACUUACGGGAGUGAGCCACAGAUACUCAACGCGUAUUACGACUUCAUCCAUAACUACUUCCCUAUUUUACCACCCAGGGUGUCACCACCCAUGCCUGAUCAGCCAAUUGAAGACCAUACUCCGUAUACUGUAUUCCCCCCUAAAAGCCCAGCAAUGCUCUAUGUGCCUCAAUCCCCCUUGAGCCUCGCUAUAUCAGCAAUUCUAGCUUUGAUUCCGCACCCUGAGGACCCGGAGCCACUCUCUGAGAGCUCCGUUAUUCAACGAAGGGCAUAUGCACACACAUUUGCUACUCUUGCAAGCUCGAAAGCAGAAGAAGAUUUGGACUAUGAGUCCUCAUGCGAUCUAAGCCAAGCGCUACCCAACCAACAGCCCUCGAUUCCUCGGGGAAGAUUCCAUGAUCACACAUCGGUGGAACUUGAAAGUCUUUUGGCUUUGCUAGUACUUUCGGUGUACGAAUAUGCGCAGAGAGGAAAUGUCUUGAAGAUGAAGUCUCGCGCUGGCCAAGCCUUGUCUAUUGCCAUGGGUAAAUCCCUUGAUCGUUGGAUGGUCGAAGAUGGAGAUUCAGAAGCUCGAAGAAGAGCUUGGUGGAUGACGUACUACUGCUUCGUCCAAUGCUCCAUUGUCAACGCUACUCCUCUUACCAUCACGAUCAACGACCCUGAAUUCAAAACUCCAUAUCCAACGUUUUCGUCAGAUAAAGAGGGUUGGUCAAUCCUGAUACAAACACAACAACUGCUGGUCUCUGCCACUCAGUACAUCACCGACCUCGACAGAGCAAUUUCGUUCCGAACAAGCCUCAACCCUGUCUUCCAGGAAAUGCAAAGACUUGAUACCUGGGCAAAAUCCCUACUCGUGCAAGUCGACCAGCUUCCAACUCUCGCAGACAAGCCCGACGGAAGCGAAUACCACGAGAUCAUCACAGCCAAAAGCGUUCGCGCGAUGUCUCGAAUCAAAUUAAGCAGUGCCCAUAUCAAGAUCCACCGAUUCCGAGCCUUCUCUGAUAUCCCAAUUUUCAUCAAGAAGCACUGCGAUCUCGCAGUCGCUUACACAGACGAUUCAAACACCCAAACAGAUGGAAACGCUGUGGUAUCUCAGGCCGAGACAGAAAACCCGUCAUGCUCAUGCAGCAGUUUGAAGCCAUUCCAAAAUGCCUCUUCUGUCGAGUCAUCCUUCCAGUCUGUCCAUUCGAACCCGGUUUCUUCGACUAUACGGGGGCCUUUCCUGCCAGAGUUCCCUUACAGCGUCCAGGAAUCCACGAGGAUCUGUUAUCGAGCUGCAAUUACCAUUUCGAAAAUGUUUGAGAGUCUGCCCAUCCCACAUCCUUUGCAGAAGUCUUAUCGGCAACAGCUCAUUGGCGGGAUGCUUCCUCGAACAAUGCCGUCUUUUGCCUGUUGUCUCAUGCAAAGCAGCUACGCAAUGCUCAUGUUGUUCUAUAAAGCUCGUGUGGGGUUGGGUGUGAAUUUCGGUUCAGGAUCAGAUCAAGGAAGUACCGUCCCUUCACAUGCAGAACACAUAACUGAGCUUCGGAAUGGUCUGCGGCGGACGAUCACUGCGGCUGCGAAUUACUCGCAAGCCUUUGAGGCGUUGAAUGGAAUGAAAGGCAAGUUGGAUGAAAUUCGGGGCGCAUAUGAGACUGCUUUCCCUGAAGACUUUGUGGACGAAAGAGAUGCUGGUGCUAUUUCUGCGAAUAGUAGUACAGUGGCAUGGGUGUCAGGAGCUAUUGGAUAA